UCUACCGAAUAGUACAUUUAUACUAAUGUGUACUCUCUUAUCUCAUUUAAGCCGACUGAAAGUCUUGAAUGAAAUAGGAAGUCGGAGAUAAUGUUUAAAUGGGCUGUCAUUUUGCUUCUAAUAUCAUUUAUAGAGUGUAAACAAGAAUGUUGGUCUUGCAGUGGAGUUGAAACCGCUAGCGAGUGUAACCAUCGUAUACAGUGUGAUGAUGGUGAGGUUUGCUAUAUGCACAAUUUUGUAACAGAAUCUGGUGCCGUAGAGUUUGAUUAUGGAUGUGGCUCAUCACUGGCUUGUAGUAAUUCUGGUAGUUCGAUUCUGGGACGACGAUCAGAAGGCCAUCAUGUGAAAUGCACACUUUGUUGCGAUACCAGACUAUGUAAUGAUAAAUUGAAUUGCACAAGUACUGGUCAACUGCCCUCAAGACUUCCACGAGAAUGUACCGACUUACAAUUAUCUGUAAGUGGCGUCCAUACAAUUUACCCAUAUGGACAAAUGCAGCUUCCGGCAUCUGUUUAUUGCUACGUAGAUUCAAGUUUCCAUACUUGGACUGUUAUUCAACGAAGAAUAAAUGGAUCAGUCAAUUUUUAUAGAGACUGGCAAGCAUACAAAACUGGAUUUGGACACGCAAACGACGAAUAUUGGUUAGGAAACGACAACAUACAUGAGCUGACAUCAGACGGAAACCAUGAAUUGAAGGUAGUGAUGACAGAUUUUAGCGGGGUAACAAAGUUUGCCGAAUAUCUAUCAUUCCAUAUAUCUUCUGAGGCGAAUGGUUAUCGGCUAUUGGUCAGCAAAUAUGAUGGAACUGCAGGUGAUUCUUUGACAAUACAGAAUGGACACAAGUUCACUACUUUUGACAGAGAUAAUGACGAUCAUGGAUCUAACUGCGCUGUACUGUUUAAAGGUGCCUGGUGGUAUGCCAGCUGCCAUUAUUCAAAUUUAAAUGGAGUUUAUUUUCAUGGCCAUCAUGAUGAAUACGCUACUGGGAUAGAUUGGUAUACAUUUCAUGGGUAUUAUUACUCGAUGAAAACUAUCAUGAUGAUGAUUCGGAAAUACUAAUGUGUAAAUGUUUGAAUAUACAU